GGGACAACGCUGCUUCCAGUUGGUGAAGCAACUGGGCGCUGUGUGUGUGGGGGCGGGGACGGUGCAACACGGGCUGUCGUCAACAAGGGCCGGGCCAGGCCAGGCCAGGGCACCACCGGCCUCAGCGUCCCGCAGAAGUCAAUUGGAAAUAUUUUAUGAUGGAUCAACAAACGGGUAUUGGAGAAGCAGUGUUGUAGCAUUCAGCGUGUGUUUUAAAAUGCACCCAUUUGCUACAAUUUAAAUUUAUUGACUUUCAAAGAAGUUGAGCCCCUGUCCCUACAUUGUCAUUCUUUCUUGUGAAACAUCAGCUCCCUAACUUUGGAGUUUCUCAUCGCAGAAGCUGGAUGGCAACUCUACCAAUGCAAGAUUUGAGUGCACAGACUAAAACGCCAUCAAUCAAAAGGCACAGGCGCCUUACAGCCCACAGAUCAUAACCAUGCUCCCAUUUUCUUGGACAGCAUGUGCUGGAAACUUUUGCCCAGCUUGAAGACAAAGAGAGCUGAAGAUUUGGUGCUUGUGAUUGGAACAGGAGUGAGCGCUGCUGUGGCUCCAGAUGUCCCCGCUCUGAAAUCCUGGAAGGGACUGAUCCAGGCGUUGCUGGAUGCUGCCAAUGAUUUUGACCUCUUGGAGGAUGAAGAGAACAACCAAUUCCAAAAGGCUAUCCAAGAAGACAAGAACCUAGUGCAUGUCGCGCAUGAUUUGAUACAGAAGCUCUCGCCACGCACCAGCAAUGUUCGUUCAAGUUUCUUCAAGGACUGUUUGUAUGAGGUUUUCGAUGACCUUGAAUCCAAGUUAGAUGAUGUUGGAAAGAACCUCCUGCAAUCCGUUUUGAGGCUGAUGGAGAACGGAUCCCUGGUUAUAACGACCAACUUCGACAAUCUUGUGGAGAUUUACGGGGCUCACCAAGGAAUGCAACUGGAGUCAUUGGAUCUCUCGGAUGAAGGGAAGGUAAAAGUACUAGAAUGGGCACAGGAGAAACGCAAGUUGAGUGUUUUACACAUUCAUGGUGUUUACACUAACCCCAGUGGCAUUGUUCUGCAUCCUUUGGGUUACCAGAAUGUGUUGCGUAAUACAGAAGUAAUGAGAGAAAUUCAGAAGCUGUAUGAAAAGAAGGCCUUUGUCUUCCUGGGCUGUGGGCGGACAGUUGAGGAUACAACUUUCCAGUCGCUCUUUCUAGAAGCAGUAAGAAACAAGACUGACCUGGAGCACUUCAUGCUCGUGCGCAGAGAUGAUGUGGAUGAGUUUAAAAAACUUCGCGAAAACAUGCUCGAUAAAGGUAUUAAAGUGAUCUCAUAUGGGGAUGAGUACGUCGAUCUCCCGGAAUAUCUUGACCGGCUGGCUAACGUCAUCUGUCCUCGUGGAAAUCAAGUUCGGGGAGCAACUAACAUUGAUACUACAUUAAAGAAUGGUCCAUUUACAACAAGUAGUCAAGACCAGAGAAUGGAAACAGAAGAUGAAAUAAAACUGGGGAGAUGAGUGUUUGCUUACCUUUUUAACAUUGUUGGCGCACAACCCAGCAGGAAUACACAGUAACUGACAGCCACCCAGGAGGCCAAUACUGGUUACCAUAACUGACAUAAAUGUACAGUGGACAUUGUUUUCUUGGAACUGUACUGAUCCACUCCAAGAUCACCACAUCAAACUUCAACUUGAAUUUCAUUUUUGCUCAGAGAGCUGGAUGUUAUGGACAGCAUCAAUGAAUUCUACCAACUGUGAUAACUUGCAAUUCUAGUUCAUUUUGGUGUAGCAAUUUUUACUGUUAGUGACUUCUGUACAGAAUAUUUUAUUAAAAAUCAUUUAAUGAUA